AUUAUCCCAAAGGCUUAACUAGUAAGUGAACUCCACAUACUAACAUUGCAAAAGUGCAAUGGCCUCUUCUUCUUUCAUGGCCACUCCUAUAGUGUCUCUUCUUCUUCUGCUACUCUUGGUGGGUAGCUCCUCUGCUCAACUCUCCACCACCUUCUACUCAAAAUCUUGUCCCAACCUCGAAUCAACGGUGAAACCGGUCGUUCAAUCUGCGAUAUCAAAAGAGAAGCGAAUGGGUGCUUCGCUAGUUCGUCUAUUCUUCCAUGACUGCUUUGUCAAUGGAUGUGAUGGGUCAGUACUGCUAGAUGAUACAUCAACCUUCACAGGAGAAAAGAAUGCAACCCCUAAUAAGAAUUCAGCUAGGGGGUUUGAGGUAAUUGAUAAUAUAAAGACUGCUGUGGAGAAAGCAUGCCCUGGGGUUGUGUCCUGCGCUGACAUCGUGGCCACUGCUGCCCGAGACUCUGUGGUCAUUCUUGGAGGGCCUAAUUGGAAUGUUAAACUAGGAAGAAGAGAUGCUAAAACAACCAGCCAAUCAGCUGCAAAUAAUGGCAUCCCCCCACCAACUUCAAGCCUAAGCCAACUAAUCUCUAAGUUCCAAGGUGUGGGUCUCUCCACCAAAGACAUGGUUACCUUAGCCGGUGCCCACACAAUUGGUCAGGCAAGGUGCACUAACUUCAGAGCCCACAUAUACAAUGAUACCAACAUAGACAGUUCCUUUGCCCAGACAAGGAAAGGUAGUUGCCCAAAAGCUUCUGGGUCAGGAGACAACAAUUUAGCACCCCUAGACCUUCAAACUCCUACUUCUUUCGACAACAACUACUACAAGAAUCUCAUUAGUAAAAAAGGGCUCCUUCACUCUGAUCAGGAGUUGUUCAAUGGUGGAUCCACUGAUUCCAUUGUGAAGUCAUACAGCAGCAACCCUAGCACCUUUAACUCAGACUUCCCUGCAGCCAUGAUCAAAAUGGGAGAUAUCAGCCCCCUCACAGGUUCUAGUGGAGAGAUAAGGAAGAACUGCAGGAAGACCAACUAAGGGCAUGCAGUCUCUGCUUGGAUGAUUAAGACUAUUAUCUACUUAGUCUUAGGCUCUUACCUUUCUUAAGAUUUCAAAAAGAAGAUAUGAAGCUUUUAAGGGAUUUUUUUUUUCCCUUUUAAUGAAUGUUUAAAGGGAGUUCUUUGUUUUUGCAUUUUUGCUUUGUGGUUGUGAACUGUGAGUGAAGUAUUGUGUCUCACUUUCACUUGAUAUCCAAAAAUAAUUGUAUGUUUGACAUUAAUCUAAUCCUAUAAGAUAAAAGAUUGUGUGGCU